GUCACGGAUUCUUUACUUCGCCUGAGGUUUCUUGGAACUCUUCCAUUCGUGUAUUGAGGAACACCAAGCCGCCUUCCAUUCAUGUCCCUCAUUCCCAUCAGCACACCACCAAUCAUCCCCCCCCCCCCAUUUCCAUCAGCACACCGCCACUCAAACAGCAUCCCUCCACAGCCAAACACCUUGACCUCCGGCGGGCUGAGUGCCCUGACCAUUCCAGUAGCGAAUCUUCUACGCAUUAGCUCUUUGCCUAUCUUCCAAGUUCCAAGUUCCAACACCAGAGCGGAAACUCACGCUGUAUCCAGUGGUGAUUGUAGCAUCGGGGAAAGCCAUCCACUGGGCACCAGUGCCGUUGUACACCAGCUGCAGCCCUCCGCAAUUUCCGCCGCAGUUCAGCACAGUGAUGGCAAAGUCUGCGGACAGAACGGUGGUGUCGUCGGGCUUCGUGCCGAAGUAGAAGUCGUACAGGUUCGCGGUCUCGGAGGGGAGGAGGUACGCCUGCGCGCCGUUGUCGUCGCGGAAGAGCUCGCCGACCGGGAGGUCGUCGUUGGGUACGGCGUUGGUAAUGCGGCUGACAAAGCCCUGGUAGUCGGCGGAGAUUCGGUUGAAACCUACUCGACCGGCGCUGUCGUAGUCGGCAUAGCCGCUGAGGAAUGGUUCGACGCGGCGGUAGCUCGUGGCGCGCAUCUUGAAGCGCCAGACGCCGUUGGCUUGUGCGGAUGCAAGCGACAGAAGGGUUGCCAAUAGGAUGGGGAGUGCGAGCUUCAUGGUUGCGGGAGUCGAGUGUUGUUUGGAUUCGAUUCGACGA